AUGAACCGGAUCGUCCGACACCGUUCGAGGAGUCAGCCUCGAACUCAGCGUGUUUGGCUUUCGACCCCGACUUUGGAGCUGCACGAGAUCGGAAGCAUCCGACUAGUCACUCUGAGCCGUGCUCGAUCUCUCAUCGCCCGAGCAGGUUGCGCAUCGACCGUUCUCAGGAUGGCCGAGGUGGUGAGACGGCCCUCGUCGCAGGCCGACGGCGGCUCAAGCUCACGCUCCUUCAGUCAAUCACCACAGAAAAAGAAGAAGAACGGCCUCCAUCGAUCCGAGUCAUUCACCAGCCCGAGCAAGAAAUCCUCGACAUCAAAUGGCCAUCACCAAAAGUCGAACUCGGUCGGCUCGCUGCCUUCAUCCGCUUCACCUUCCAAGGAAGAGAGAAAGAAGCUUGCGAAAGAGAUUCUUGCAUCCGGCGGUGACCAGCUGCGCGACACUCUCAAGCAGAGAGGCAUGCUGCAUGCGCUCCUCUCUGAUCCAGUCAAAUUCAUCAAGUCGAACCAGAGGCAGGGCCAGGACUACACCACGCUAGGAUUGAUACCGGUCAAUGAUCCCAACUUUGCUGCCGUCCAGAAGCGGAAGCAAGAGCAGAAGCAACACUCGCUAUUGCUGCACACAGACUCACCGAAGAUUAACGGCAAUACCCAUCUACACGAUGCAGACUUGUCAAUAGACACUCUCGCUUCGCCGACCAAGAACGGAAAGGCAAGGUCGCGUGAUCUGUACCCGUACAAGGUCUCGCUCCGCUUCCCAGGCAAGGUGCGAAGUGUUGCUACGGGGCUGUCCAACUACGGCAAUACUUGCUACAUGAACAGUGUCAUGCAGUCUCUCAUUCACACGCCGCCACUUGCGUUCGCUCUUCUCACUCAGGACCUGGACGUUUUACACAGCGAGCUGGGAGGCAAGCCCAACGUUACAUUUGACGCUGUUGCAGCAAUGCAGGCUUUCGCCAAAGGAUCCUUGAUGGGAUCAAAGUCGACGAAUGCUCCACGAGACUUCAAUCGGAACCUCAAGGCGUUUGCGAAACCACUCCGUCAGGGGAGGCAAGAAGACGCGCACGAGUACCUACGCUUCUUGCUCGAAGCGCUCCAGCAGGGCUGCCUUUCAAGAGCUUCGAAAUCGCUCAAACCCGAUGAUCCCGUCCGACGGUCAACCUUUGUCCAAAAGAUUUUUGGCGGCAAGCUGCGUAGCCGAGUGACAUGCCACAAUUGCGGUCACAACUCGGACACUUUCGAUCCCUUCAUGGACCUCAGCCUGGAUGUGCGCAAAGGCAUCAACUCGCUCACCGACGCUUUCCGUACCUUUGUAGCCAAGGACAAUCUGACCGGGUCCGAAAAGUACAAAUGCGACAAGUGCAAGCGCAAGGUUGAUGCCACGAAGCAGUUCACCAUCGAGACAGCCCCGCCGGCGCUCACGGUGCAUCUCAAGCGAUUCACUGUGUUUGGCGGCAAAGUGUCACGGCAGAUCGCAUUUGACGACAAGCUCAACAUUGCGCCUUACUUGUCGGUCAACCAAGGUCCAGCGAGGUACAAGCUUUAUGCUGUGGUGCAUCACUACGGAUCGGGGCCGAACAGCGGACAUUAUGUGGCUAGCGUGAGGUCUCCUUCGGGCAAAUGGACCAGAAUGGAUGACAGCCAUGUCUCCGAGAUGGGUAGCACCGGACCGCUAGGUGAUCAGAGCGCCUACAUUCUCUUCUACCUGAAAGAGAAAGAUGAGGCGCUGGAAAAGGCGAUUGCCGCAGUGGCUCCAGUCAAGUCUCUGCUGAAUGGCAAGAAGCGCAAAGCGGUACAGGAGUCCAGGCCGGAAACUGACUCCGAAGGCGAUGAAGGCCGCAGCGCGAGCGCGGCUUCACCAGCGGCCAAGAUGCGAAAGGAUGUUGCCAGGCAAGUCAGCGACGACGAGAGCGACUCGGAUUCAUCCUCCUCACCGGCGCCAAAGAUGAACGGAACAUCCCAUAGACUAGACCAGAUGCUGUCAUCCAAGCCAAGAUCCGCAGCCAGCUUCUACGGUGCCACCACUCCUUCCCGUGCUGCAUCGAAUCCUUUCACCAUGCCCUCUUCUGCCUCGGCCCUAGAUGAAGAGCUAGGCACCGCAGUCGACAGGGGCGAGUACGAAUCGCUCGUCGGACCAUCUUCCACUACCACUACUCCAUCACGCCCGCAACCGUCCGUUCCCGAAGCCGACUCUGAUUCCGAAGACUCCUUUGCCGCUCUCUCGAAGAAGGAAAAGCGCAAGCAGAAGAAAGCAGCGCAAGCUGUACACGCUGCGAAACAGUCGCGAGGGAUCCCAGCUUCGCCGUACGCCAGUGCACUGACCAUGUUUGGGUCGUCGGCAAAGGAGCAGAAGAAGAAGAAGAGGGACAAGGGGAAGCCGACGGGUUUCGGACACAAGUCUUGCAUUAUACAUAGAUGGUGCCCUUUUGGCAUGGCAUUACUGUAUGACGAUAUUGAUAUGAGCUCGAAUGAAUUGAUAUUGGCAAAGGAAGAAUCAUCCUACCUCGACGAAGCGAAACAACAAGAGACACGUAUUCAAUCCUUCAUCGAUUCAGGUCGUGACGAAUACGAUGUCAAGCAACAAAGAGUGGUGUUGAAAGAUACACUGAAGAUGAUACCCGAUUGUCGAAAGAGACUCCAACUUGCGGUGGACGAUCUACUUGGAUACGUCAAACGCUUGAACGGAGACAAGGCCUAG